AUGGUUGUGGAACGCCGAUUGCGUGCGACAGAUGUUCAAAUUAAUCGUAUGGUGAAAUUUCGUCGUGCUCAUCCACAUGUUUCCGUUUUCGACGUACUCUACGACGAUCUUGUGGAACAGCCAAUUGAUACCGUUCAUCACAUCUACGAUCAUUUCGGACUCACGUGGUCAGAAGAUUUUGAGCAGGCUAUGCUGACAUGGCUUCGUGAUAAUCCUCAAGGCAAGCAAGGGCGCAAUACCUAUACACUAGAAGAGUUCGGACUCACACAUGAUGAAAUUGAACAACGGUACGAUGAUUACAACAGGAUGUUUCUCAGUCCUCGAGAAUCAUCGAAGAUAGAAGCUGCGACAACAAAAAAUGAGAUCUCUGCUCCUCGGAAAAAUGAUGUUGUAAGAAAUAGUUCUGAAUAA